AUGGGUCAUUUGGGUUCUGAACGCGUCAUUGACUUGGCUCGAGAACGAUUUUUUUGGCCUCACAUGAAACAAGAUAUAACUCACUACGUCACGAAAGUUUGUCAUUGCUUAAAGAGUCGAAAACCCGUAAGAAACCAACGUGAACCAUUACAUCCAAUCGUAACUACCGGACCCUUCCAAAUGGUUUCUAUCGACUACCUUCACCUCGAAACAAGCGUAGGAGGCUAUCAAUGCAUCCUGGUUGUUAUGAACCACCUUACGAGGUAUGCUCAAGCUUACGCGACUCGUGACAAAUCAGCCAAGACCGCUGCAGAGAAGCUCUAUACCGACUUUAUCUUGCGCUAUGGCUUCCCUGAGAGGAUACACCACGACCAAGGCGCUGAGUUCGAGAAUAAACUUUUCUUUAACCUGGAAAAAGUAAGCGGAAUUAAACACUCUCGGACAACCCCUUAUCACCCCGAAGGUAAUGGGCAAGUUGAACGAUUUAAUAGAACGCUCUUGUCAAUGCUUCGAUCCUUGCCAGAAAAAUACAAAAGUCGCUGGCGUGAUCAUCUCCAGAAAGUCGUACAUGCAUUCAAUUGUACCAGAAAUGACGCGACAGGAUACUCCCCAUUCCUCCUACUCUUUGGCAGACCCCCGCGAUUGCCAAUUGACCUUAUGUAUGGUCUGAAACCCCCACCUGGCCAUAGCACUUAUCCUGAAUAUGUCAAGAAAUGGCGAGAAUCGAUGUCCGAAGCAUACCAACUUGCAUCUGAAAAGGCCGAAAAGAACGCUACGAGUGGGAAAGUGCAAUAUGACAAGAAAGCGAAGAGUACGAGUCUACAACCCGGUGAUCGUGUGUUAAUACGAAAUGUGAAAGAAAGGGGUGGUCCCGGCAAGUUACGGUCGUAUUGGGAAGACAAAGUUUACAAAAUCGUGCGUCAGAAAUCAAAUGAGAUUCCCGUGUAUGAAGUCAUUCCUGAGAGUGGCGGAGAGAAGACAAGAGUACUGCAUAGAAACAUGCUAUUUCCAUGUACGUAUCUUCCUGUGGAGAAUCCUAUUGUGAAACCAGCUCAGUUAAACAAGAAAAAGAAGAGUGAGAAGGAGAAACAGGUCACACAAGAUUAUCUGACAGAUAGUGAAGACGAGUUCGAGAUUGCUACGUUUGCACCUCAAUCAACGCGGACAGACCCAGAGGAUGAAUUCGUGCCAGUGUCGGUUGAAAAUGAAGCCCAGCAGAGUGUUGAGGAAGCUGUACAAGAAGGUGCCACACCAGAAGAACUAGCUCAAGAGAGUCAAGCGGCGACUGGUACCACGGUAGCAGCAGAGGCUGAGACACAAGUUGAUUCACACCCAGUUAGUUCACAACGAGUACGACGACCACCAACCAGACUGGGAUAUGGCAAUCUGGGCCAACCAACGGAACAUUGGACCAGUAUUAACGCGGUCCAUGCACCUGCCACAAACAACAUGUAUCUACACCAAUACCCUGUGCUCCCGACACCUCCAAUACCGUUCUUUCCCCCAAUACCGUUCUUUCCCCCAAUACUUCCCAUGUCAUUACCUGUAUUUCCAUUAUAUUGGUCAAGUUGGCAAGGACCAAUUAUGCCAUCAAACAUAUGGUGUUAG